AGUUCAAACAUCCAUAACUACACGAAACAAGCGCAAACCCUAAAAUAUCAACAUACAACCAAGUAUCCAAUAUAUAUAUAUCUCUACUCAUGAAAACAUAUUAAUUAUGUUUUUUCUGCUUUGCAUUAUACUAUCUCUAUAUUUCUUGUCAUCUCAUACAUUUUCUUCGCUUUCAUUACAAAAAUAAUUCAUAUCCAUCACUAUUAUUGCCUCAAUCUUCUAUCAUCUUGUUCGAACACAUAAAUUGAUUAUCAGAAUAUUUUCCACCAAAUUUAUUUCCGUAGUGAAAAUCAAAUUUAUUUCCUUUUAAUCCAUCAUUUGAUCAUGAACUCAUCGCCGGACUUCUCGGCUGGAAAGUCGCCGAAGCGGGAGAUCCAAGGUCCCCGGCCAGCUGCCCUAAAAGUAAAUAAAGACUCUCACAAGAUCAGAAAACCUCCGAUGGCGCCACCUCAGCAGCCACCUCAUCAAUACCGCCCACCGGUCAUUAUAUACCAAGUCUCUCCAAAGGUGAUUCACACAAACCCUAGUGAGUUCAUGACACUUGUUCAACGCCUCACUGGCUCGUCUUCUUCGUCAUCGUCUUCUUCCUCCUCUUCUUUUCCAAUUAACACCGGUGGAGUAUCGCCAGCUGCUCGUUUGGCUUCCAUAGAAAAGACAAAAUGGUCUGAGAAGAAGAAACCACAAAGUGAUGAUAUGAGUAUGAGUGGUGUUGUUGAAGGUGUAGAGAUAAGUACAGAACUUGAGAGGAGUAGUUUGUUACCGGGUAUUUUAUCGCCUGGACCGGCUGCUCUUCCACCUAUACCGCCAAACUUUUUCUCUCCGCUGUCCGAUUCAAAUCAUAUGAGUUUCUUUCAUGAUUUGAGCCCUCAGUUACAAGGUUACAGGAAUUAUGUAGAGGGUGGUUUCAUGCCUAGUCCUUCAAAUUUUCUUUCAUCCAUUAUGGCAUCCCCUACUCCAUCUCCUGACCUUUUCAACAAUUUCUUUGAUCACUUUUGACCCAUUUUAGAGAGAACCAGAGAGAUGUAUCUGGUUUUGAUUUUGUUUAUCUUCAAUGGUGAUGAGGAUGAUACUGACGGGGGAGUAAUUGGGAAUUUGAGUUUUGUUUUAGUGGACAAGCAAGCUGGAGGCUUUGAUUGAGUUUUUUUUUUUCCUUCUAUUUUUUAUUAAAUUGAUGGGCCACAUGAUGAGGCAGUUUGGCUCACAUUUCUUUGACAUUUUUUUUGAUAAAGUAAUAUUUGGAUGAUGAAAUUUUUAUAGUAAAUUUAUUUAUAAAAUAACGUUACACAUUACAUGUUAUUCAUGCAUUGGUACAACAACCAUGUACCAAACAAAGUACAUCAUCAGUUGUUUUGUUGUUUGAACUGUUGGCCUCUGCUCUCCUUCUGCUGUUUUGCUUAGAUUUUGGUGUGAGCUUGCUGCAAUUCGGUUGCCAUUCAGUUGUUCUGCUGUUUUGCUCAGAUGUUGGUGUUGUUUUGUUUCAACCUGAGGUGUUUUGUUGGUCUGCUUUA